AUGACCCGCCUAGGACUGAGUCGGACUGUCGGCGGGGGCGUGGUCUGGCGUGUCAUCUGCCGCACAUCAGACAAGGAAAAUACAUCAGGCCCAUACAAUAUGCACAAAAGGUUUGCCGGAGGACCUGUCCCUCCAAGCGCGAGCCUCGACGGUGCAGACAACCGCACACAAAUCACCUUCACCCAGGGUGCCCACUCCCUAGCGUGGGAUAUCCUUGUGCAAGUGGCCCAGGGUGCUCAUCGACAGUCACGGGGAGUUGCGUGGGAUAUCCUUUGGCGUGCUUGCGACCGGUAAAAAGCCCCUCCCGGACCCCCGCAUAAAAUCGACUGUAGUCGGGCAGGUCGAGAAUAUUCUCCGGGUCCAAUUGGGAACAGGCGGAAUCACGCCGGCGUCCAGCACCGGGUCGCCCCCUGUGACUCCAUCUUUCCAAUGACUGCACACACCCGUGUCUGUCCGCCCAAUCAUCAGACGCUGGAGCACACAAAGGCAAGACACCCGAAGCGGUCGUCGUGGAAGCUCUGCAACGGGAUCUCUCUGUAAGUAGUAGUCCUUGCCUGACUUCUAGACCUAUACUAACAACAGCCCACGGUGCGAGCGCAGACAAACAUGCGUCUUCUGGCCGCUGCAGACCGCAUGACCGAAACGGAACGGGCAAAGGCAAUACGUCGAUAG